CGAUCACUGUGCCAUUCGAUCUGGAUGUGAUCAUCUACUCAAAUUGUCCGUUGUGAGAUGAUAGAUAAAAGAUUAGAUUUUGGUUAAUUACAGCCUUAACAGAUUUAAUGUCAACAUUUGAUGACAUCCAUGAAGGAAACAGGGACGAAGUAGACUACGUAGAAAAUUUAGUAGAACAAGCCAACAGAAAUGCACAAACAGCACCAUUUGGUGUCGGUAAUGCCGAACAGCACAGAACCUACUCCAAAGGCUCCAUCGAGUUUGGCACGUACGAUUUUAUCAUCGUUGGUGCUGGAUCAUCUGGAUGUGUUGUUGCAAACCGUCUUUCGGAGGUGAAGGAAUGGAACAUCCUGCUUUUGGAAGCCGGAUCUUUUGGUGACAAUCUAACAGACAUCCCCAAUAUGUAUUUUCCAGUUGAGUUUACCGAAUAUAAUUGGGGGUACCUUAGCACACCUCAAAAGUCAGCUUGUUUGGGCAUGGAAAACCGCCAAUGCCCACUUGCAAGAGGAAAAGGAAUAGGUGGUACCAGCUUAAUCAACGGCCUUGUAUACUCAAGAGGUCACAUGGAGGACUUCGACCGAUGGGAGGCGCUGGGGAACCCCGGCUGGUCGUACGACGGCGUACUCCCCUACUUCAUCAAAGCAGAAAACUUUAACCCACCUGAAAUACCAUCACCAAUCGACCCCUACGUGCACGGUCAAAGUGGCCCACUUAACGUGGAGUUCCACAGGCCCCAACACGUCCAACAACAAGCUUUUGUUGAGGCGAACGAGGAAAUUGGAGUACCCCACGACGAUUACAACAGCAACAAAAUAUCAGUCUCUUCCGCCCAAAUAACGACGAUAAACGGCAGAAGGCACGACACAGGCAAGGCUUACAUCCAGCCAAUAUUGGGGAAGAGGACCAACCUGCACGUAGUACCGAACGCCUACGUCACCAGGAUAAUUUUGAACAGCAAAAGGAGUCAACACGACAAAGGGUCAGCUUUGGGGGUGACGUUCACCCACGAAGGAAACGACUACUUCGCCUACGUGAACAAAGAUGUAAUUGUGUCCGCCGGUGCUUACAACACCCCGCAUUUGCUCAUGCUCUCCGGGGUAGGACCCCAGUACCACCUGGAGUCGGUUGGUAUUAACGUGCACACGGACCUGGAAGUGGGCAGCAAACUUAAGGAUCACGCCGCCUUUUACGGCGUAACCUUCGACACCGACUACAACGAACCAAUUCGUCCCCAGAGGCAGUACGUAAGGGAGUACCUACAAGGACGUGGCCCUUUGGCUACGCCUGGGAACAACGAAGGGGUGGCCUUCUACGAAUCGACUUACACCAUGGGUACCGGUUACCCCGACAUUGAAAUCAUGAUGAUCCCGGCUAAUGCCACAACUGACUUGUCUCAAAGAGCCUUCAGGCUCACCGACCAAAUAUAUCAGGACCUGUGGGCGUACAACAACAGAACCAGCAGCAUAGUUAUGUAUAUUAUUUGCCUCCAUUGUGAGUCAACAGGAACGGUACGACUGAAAAGUGAUGACCCCUUCGACUACCCCAUUAUUGACCCCCAAUUCUUGUCGGACGAAGGAGGCAAAGACAUACAACUGUUGUACGAAGGCGUGCAAAUUGCUUUGGAACUAUCCAAGACUGAGGCCUUCCAAAAGAUGAACACGAGGCUCCAAGGUGGUCCCUUAAGACCUUGUGCCCACCACCGGUACUUAUCGAAGGCUUAUUGGUACUGCGCCAUUAGGCAAGUCACCAUGGACAUCUACCAUCCUGUCAGCACUUGCCCAAUGGGGCCCAGCCCCGAACACGGUGAUGUGGUGGAUGCUUCUUUGAAGGUGCACGGGUUUAAUAACUUGAGGGUCAUUGAUGUGAGCGUCUUCCCGUUUACCCUGGCGGGCCAUCCUAAUGCCCCAGCCAUUAUGCUGGGUGAAAAGGGUUCCGAUAUUAUUAAGCAAGAGUAUGGCAAGUUGUCAAAGUGGUGA